GCCUGGGCCGGACGCUGGAUUUCCUCCGGAAGAACGCCGCCAACGGGCUCUCCAUGGCCAACUUGGUGGCGGGACUUGCCUCCGUCCUCUGCAGCCUCAACAGUUUGGCCGACGGAGCCGUCGCCCGCCGGCUCAACGCCUGCUCGGCGCUGGGUGCCAAACUGGAUGAUUUCGCCGAUUUUACCACUUUUGGGCUGGCCACGGCCCUGCUGCUGCAGCCUCGGGGCGUCCUGGACGGGCUGUUGGCCAUCGCCUACGUCAUGGCCGUAUUCGCUCGCCUCUGCUUCCUCCCCAGUGGGAUCCCCUUCACCUACCGGGGGCUGCCCUGUCCCUACGCGUCCUCGCUGCUGGUGAGCACCUUCCUGCUGUCGGCGGGGAACGUCACCCUGCUGCGCGUCACCGCCGCCGUCAUGGUCCUCUUCAUGGUCGACCGGGGCUUCUACCCCCACGACAAGGUGCUGGAGUCCCAGCUCUGGAAGAAAGCUGUUUACGCUGGAGGGGUGGUGGCCGUCCUCUUCUCACCGGCGCCGGUGGCUUCCGUCUAUUGCCUCGCCUGGUCGACGUCCUACAUUGUCUUCCCCUACGCCAUCUGGAGCUGCAAAACCCAACCCCUGCCUUCGCCUAAUGCUGAGUAA